AUGUACAUUUUAGUAGUUGCUAAGGUUCACAACUUUCUAAACAAAAAUCACGACCAGUUUCGCCCUGAAGUAUUAGAGCUCUUUGCCCGCAGUCGCUUACAGAUGGUGUCGGGUCUCUUCCGAAAGGUUCAGGAGCGUUACAUCCAGCAGAAGGAGCUGGGAAGAGCAAGAGGUCACAGGAACCAGAUGUCAACCGUCGCUGCUAACUUUCAGCAGUCGCUUACAGAGCUCACCACCCGUUUAGAGAGAUGUAAAACUACAUUCGUACGAUGUUUUAAGCCAAACUAUGUUAAGCUUCCAGGCAUAUUUGAUGUAGACUACAUAACCACACAGCUGAGGCAUGGAGGGAUCCUGGAGACCAUUCACAUACGAAAAGAAGGAUUCCCGAUUCGUAUCCCCUUCGCCCAGUUCAUGGAGAGGUAUGGUGUGUUACUGUCCCAGAGGCCUAUAAACCAGUCUCUUGAAGAGCAGGUGGUGACUUUAAUAGAGACUAUUGGAGCAGAGGAUGGCCAGUACCAGCUAGGACUCACUAAAGUGUUUCUAAAGGAGACCCUGUAUCAGCAGGUGGAGGAAAAAUGGAGUAGCACUCAGACAUGGGCAGCAGUCACCAUCCAAAGAAACAUCCGUGGCUUCAUCUGCCGAAGAAACUUCCAGUUCUUUAAAAAAAAGGCCAUCGUCAUCCAGUCUCACAUCAGAGGCCACCAGGCUCGGAAGUACUUCAAGCAACUGAAGCAGUGCUUCACACAGUUCUGGGCAACUAUGAUGAUCACCAGAAACACCAUCAAGAGACGUCACUGGAAGGAACAUACUGAUAGAAGCAGAGUGAAGGAAGUGGCAAAACCUACAUCUAGUUCUUCGGAGAUGGAUGUGGGGAUAUUGGAGAUCCCGGCAGAACUGUCGGCCAGAUUACGCAGUUCAUCAGGACGUUCUCAAGGCUCAGGGGUGUCAGAAGUAGCUCCGCCGCAGGUCAAAGCAGACCACAAACUCUCACUGCCCUUGGACAUUGACAGACAUCCUUUCUCUCAAUAUGCCAACACAGUCCUGAAGGAUGGAUGGUGCCAAGCACAGGGUUAUCCACUUCAGAGGCCUUUGACGUCCCUUGACCAUGAGGAUGCCCGUACAGCUUUGGAAAUCUACAAACUGAUCCUGCGCUUCACAGGGGACUCAGAUCUGAAUGGCUGGCAGGAGCAGAUGUUGGGGAACUACAUUGUGGAGAAGAGUCAAAUUCGGCCCGGCAUCAGAGAUGAGAUUCUAGCCCAGUUGGUUUACCUCACUUGGGAUGGAGAUAGACAGGAGACCAACCUGCGUGGCUGGUUACUUCUGGCCUGCUGUUUGAGUGCCUUCACACCCUCUCCUGACCUGGAGAAACCCCUGCUCAAGUAUGUGUCAGAUCGGGGUCCCGGUGAAUACCGCUCUCUAUGUCAACACAAGCUUCUCACGUCCCUCCCGUUGCCCUCACCAGCCUGCAGACGCCACCCGCCAACUCAACUGGAGUGGACAGCCAAUCAGAGGAAAGGAAAGAUGGUGCUUGAGGUCAACACUUUCAAUGAGGAAAAGUUAGCAGUGGAGGUGGAGUCUUGGACAACAGGAGAAGAGCUGGCCUCUUGGAUUCUUAGCUACAGAGGUCUGACUAAUGCUACACAGGGCUGGUCCGUGUCUCUCCUGGCCGACGAGGGGUGGACGGACCUGACAGGCUGUGAUUUUGUGAUGGAUCUGUUGGCUGGAGUGGAGUCUGAUGUGCCCAUGGGUCACCCGCCUACGGAGAAUGAUUACCUAUUCAGUGACACCAGUGACAGGAUGGAAACCACAGACAUUGAUGCGUUUAUUCCUCCUGCUCCCUCGAUGCAAGCCCCUGGUCUGCCCUCAUUUGAAGCAUCUCAUUGGAACACGUAUGAACCCUUGUCCACUUACCAGGGAUCUCAGGGUCGGCAGAUGGAUUCGUACGUUGAUGACAUCUUUGAUCCUGUGUUUGAUCACGGUCCUCCGGACUUUGACCGCAUGGCCAUGCUAAAUCGCAGAAUGAGAGGUGGAGGAGGUAUGAUGCCCAGCAUGUACACCGGAGCAGGAAUGCCAAUGAAUCCUGCCAUGGCUGGCUAUGGUGCCACACCAAUGAUGCCAAACAUGAUGCCCGCUACCAUGCCCAUGAUGCAGCCCAUGCCACCUAUGAUGAUGCCAACUGCCAUGCCUCAAGCCAUGCCUGCUGUCAACCCACAGCAAAUGGAUCAACAGCAGGCAUUCAUCAACCAACAGGCCCUGCUUUUGGCUCAGCAAAUGACCAUGCAGGCAAUGUCACUGUCUCAGAAACAGCAGCAGGAUGAGAUGCGCAGGCGUGAGUCACAGAGACAGUCCCCACGCCAGCGGCGGCGCUCUCCUCCACGCGCACGCUCACCGUCACGCUCACCUUCACCCAAACCUCGAAGCCGCCCCCAGAGCCAAAGAACCAAUCAUCAGACCCCCAAACAAGCCCCAGAGCCCCUUCCAAAACCCCGCAGCCCUGAGCCUGUGACUGAGAGGGAUGUUAGGGCCCCAGAAGAUCACGGGUCUUUCAAAGAAAAGAGGGAUUUUUUUCAAAAGAUUGGUACGUCAGACACACGACCAAAGCCUGCGCCAAAGGUUGCGAAGCCACUGAUAUAUGCCAAUCCACCUGUGUCCCAACCCAAAUCACCACCUCCAGUAAAGACUCAAGUGAAACCUCUCCCAGAACCUCCUCAAAUCCAAAAAUCUGGACGAGAAUCUCCAGAACCCACAUCUCCUAAACCAGAGCCAACCAGUAACAUAAGAGAAAUCAUCAAGCAGUACCAAAACCGUCCCAAUCCAGAACCUAAAGCCUACGAGCCUGUCAGGGUUCCGGCCAAACAAUUUCUCAAGAAAAAUGACCCCAAAGAUGAGGCACUAGCCAUUCUCAAAUCUCAGGGCCCUGUCAGUCAUCAGAAGAAACAGUGGGUAGAGAAGCCCCCUUCACCCCCUCAGCAGCUUGAGUCCCGUGGGCCUCGCUCCAUCUCCAAUAGCAUGAAACAGAAGCAGCUUUCGCUAGCUGAUCUGUUCGGUUCUCAGCGCUCUCAGCCUCUGCCUCGUGCUCGUGAAUCCAUACCUUCUCCACCGCCCCCCAUCCCCGACCCACCGAGACAGCCUGCACCUGCUCUCAAUCAGCUCAACAUGAUGGCAGAGGAGGAGAGCGUUCGUUCCCAGUUGCACAAAUUCUCAGCCAGCGUCUACUUUUCAUAUCCCAUUAUGCCUGGCAAACUGUUCCUUCGCAAGGAGCUGUUUUAUCCCAGGGAAAAAUUCAACCACCCAUACACCCUCAAUUUACUCUGUGAGCAGAUCAUGCGAGACACUUACUCUGAUUCAUGUCUGAGGAUUUCACGUGAAGAACGGCGUAAAAUGAAAGACCUGUUGGCGAGCUUCCAUAUUGGAACCAAUAUCAGGUCUUUAGAUGAUGCUAUGAAGAAAAGAAUCGUCAUGGCAGCCAGAGACAACUGGUCCAACUACUUCGCACGUCUCUUUAAUGUGAAGGUUGGGAAUGGAGGAGAUGCUCAGAUGCUGGGAGUUUCUCAUAGAGGAAUCAGACUGCUAAAGGUUGCCAGAGCUUCAGGAAUAAACCCCAAACACCUCAAAGUGCUCCACACCUUUAGUUAUUCACAGGUGUUGUCAGUACAGCAGAAAGGGACCGGUAAAGUCGUGAUCACUCUGAGCAAUGAGGAAUUGGAACUGCAUUCCCAACAGGCACCACAAAUCGCUGCUGUUAUUCGCCUCUUCCUCAUGGAGUUGAUUAAGAACUCAGAGUAUGUGAUCGCAGUGAAAAGCUAUGUAACAGAUGACAAGAGCUUGCUGAGCUUCCACAGAGGUGACGCCAUUAAACUCUUGAACAUGGACGGACUCAAGGAUGGAUGGAUGUUUGGUUCGAGUGGAGGCCGUUCAGGACUCUUCCCAGUUGAUGUCACUCAGCCUUGUGCUCCACCAGAUUACCACAGCAGCAACAUGGACCGACAGCUGGAACGGAAAAAGAGUAUGAGAGUCACCAGCUCUUCCCGCAUCGUACCAUCCAAUGGCUCCAUUAAUAAUAUGCCGGCCAAUGUUGCUGAAAUCAACACAUCAACAAAUGGCUCCAUCUACAACAUGUCUGUUGCCCGCUCAGUGGCGGGCGGCAGUGAAUACAGUGUAGAAGUGGCCUCAAUCCAGAGAUCUGAACCAGAACGUGAGCAGUUCAUCAUGACGGAGUUCGCCAGCAAGUUCUUCACAGAAGCUAUCAACAGAGGUAACAUGAGAAGUCUUAAUGAAAUGGUGGAAUACACUCCUAAUCCCAUUCAGGAAUCACUGAUCCUUUUCUCAGACAGUGAGCUCACUCGCCUGGGUGCGCAAAGCUUCAUGGUUGUAAUGCAGUUUAUGUUGGAUCAGCCUAUGAAGAAAAACCAGACAGAAGGGGACUGUGUUAACUUCAUUUUGCAGCUGGGAAAAGAGAAGGAGUUCCUUAGGGAUGAGCUUUACUGUCAGGUCAUCAAGCAGACCACCAAACACCGGAUCAAGGAGAACUGUACUCGUGGCUGGCGUUUGUUUAAUCUGGUGACUGGAUUCUUCCCUUGUUCCAACACUCUUCUUCCAUAUUGCACUCGCCAUCUGGACACCAUCAUUCAAGAUGCCAACCACCCAUAUCAAGAAUUGGCAAAUAUAUGUGCAAAGAAUCUCCAACGGUCACUCAUUUUCGGAGGACGCCGACACAUCCCUUCACAUUCUGAGAUGGAGGCCAUUUUGGCUGGAAGAAACUCUCGUCGGCUACCCAUCAUGCUUCCUGGUGGAACCGAGUUUGCCUGCAAGAUUCGCAGCUUUAGUGUUGCAUUUGAGGUGGUACAAGACUUUUGCACUGAGAUGGGCAUCAUGAAUCCUGCUGAAAUGAAGGAGUUUUCUAUCCAUGCUGCUAAAAAAGGGGGUGAUGUGACACGUCCAAUUCACUCGGAUGAGUAUCUGUUUGACUUCCUGCUGGAUGACGGCUCGAUCGCCCUCUCCUUUAAACGACUGAUCUGGAAACAGCCACUCCAGUUCAGCAAUGAUCUUUACCUGGAGUUCCACUACCAGCUGCUUGUGGCCAGUUAUCUGGAAGGGAAAAUGUUUCUGUCCAUGAACAGUUCUACAGUUUACCAGCAGGUGGCAGAACUGACCGCUCUUCAACACCUUGCGCUUGGACUAAAUAAUCUGCCCUCAAAUGCUGAGAUAAAGCAGUAUCAUCCCCGGAUGGAUGGACUCAACUCUACUGAUGAAAGACUCCUUGCUACGAUACGAGCGCAGUUUUCAACCUUAGGCCCCAUCAGCCCUCUUGAUGCCAAAGCUCGGUUUAUCAAGAGUAUCAGUUCGCUGCCUCUCUUUGGUUUUGACAUCUUCACGGCUCAGAAAGUCAGUCAUCGCAGCUGUCCUUCGCCUUCCCUGGUCGCAGUCAAUCAUGAAGUCAUAACCGUCCUCGAUCCUAAAACACUGAAUGCGUGUUUGACGAUGUCCAUGGAGGAUGUGUUGUCCUUGCGCUCAAUCCGUCCCAAAAAAGACAAGCUGCCAUCAGUUGAGAUCAGCUUUGGUGGCCAGACUCAACACAAGACUCUCAGCUUCAAUCUCAAGCAGGCAAAAGAGCUGUGUCACACCAUCGCUGUGAUCAUGGAAGAGGUGGUGAAACCGUCCUACAGCACCAUCCCCAGUCGAGCUGGGACCCCACACUAAACAACCAGUAUACACAAACUUUACACAACAUCCCACAACUCACCCUGAAGAUCAAAUAUAUCUCCUGCCAUGAAACAUUACAGACAUUAUUUGUAAUAAACAUGUAUUAACGUUUACAGAAUAGCAAGACUAAUACUUGUGAAAUGUUGAAUUCAUUAGAGCCAGUGUCUAGAGAGAAGUAAACAGCUUGUAUAAUUUACUUUCAAAAUGUUUUUAACAAUUUGGAUUGAUUUGAUAAGAAUUAUUUAAUGAAAUGCUUUAUUUUUAAACAUGAUGUGUUUAAUUUAGUAUGUGUUUAUACCACCAAAUGGGGGAUAAUUUGUGGUUUAUAUUUAUUGUAAGGAUGGCCUAUUUUGUAUAUGUGCACUAAUCACAGUUAAUUAUUUGUGUCUAAAUGAAGAUAAUUGAUUAGUGAGUACAGAUGUUAGACUAUUUAAAUAUUAAAGUAUAAAAGCCUUCUAAAGUGUUUUUCAUUGUUUUUCAAUAAACAAUGUCUGCUUUAUCUUCUCGGUACUCUUUCAGAAAACUAAGAAAGCAUUUUGAUUUGAAUCUGUGUGCAAAUAUACAUUUAAAGAGCAAUAUUUUUAAUUUAUUUUUUACUAUGUAUCAAAAAUAAAAAGAACUGACAGAUAAA